AUGCGGUACGAAGACUGGGACAUACUCAUCUUUCCCUCGGAUCGAACCAGCACGCCCGGCUCCAAUCAGACCGUGAAAGUACCCUUGAAGGAGUUCAAGGUUGCCUGCCAUGUCGUUGCUGAUUUCGAGAUCCCUCAUGGACAUGGAUCGCCUGGCCUUCCAGUCAUGACUUGCUUUGUUCCAAGCCUGUCUACUGGGACAGCCUUUCACGUUUCUAUCCACAGCUGGCGCACACCUGAGAUCAGUCAAUAUACCAAGAACUUCAGCAAGCAUACAGAACUGGUACAGUUCGAGGCUCGGAUCUACAUCGACGGCCGCCUAGUCUCGUCGACAGCCUUUGCUCGCAACGGGGACUGGCCCUGCCUGAUUACCAAUACUUUCGAAUUCACCAAGUCAGGCGAGCUAGAGCCGUUCCGAUUUCCGCAUUUCCGUCGAGAGCUUCUAUACCAUGAUCACUGGCACCCAAGCGACGAUAUUGGCCGGAUCAAGAUCGUCAUCAGCGAAGGAUUUCCACGAGAUUCCUUGACCAACCCCAUCGAGAGGGUAAAAAACGUAGUUGCUUUCUCUUUUCAGCAUGCCCCUCUUGUCGGUGGAACCCCGAUGUCUGUCUCGUAUAGUGAUGCAGCCAUCAAGUGGUAUGCUGGCCCUAACAAGAGUGCUUACAACGUGAGAGCUGCAAGGAAAUCGAGCACAGAUACUAGCAUGCCCGAUUUUGGGAGUGUGCCGGAUUACUCUUCUUCUGGGAGCGGUUAUAACACGGUUAUGCUUGACCCCAUCAACGUCCCUACUGCAAUCAUGACCGAGGAAGAUUUUGCUCCUACUCAUAUGAGAGCACCUACAAAUACACCGAUUGUUGGUCCGAUGGAUUGCAGCUACCCUCCUGGUUUUUCGUUCAACCUGCCGAACUCGGCAAUUCCCGGCGAUCUCGCUGCGUCCCUGACGCAUUCGUUGCUUAACCAACCUCACCCGUUGCCCGUUCAACCGCACAUGGUGCCUCUGCCAGCCUCCGAAGUCAAGUCACGAAAGGAGACGCGCAAAUUCAGUAAUUUUGCUGCACAGUGCUCACCAGCUAUCCAUUCGCCUUGCGUCGAUAUUCUGGAUAAGCGAAACUUCUCAUCAUCUGCAUUUACGGUUGCAGAAGUCACUGCUGCUGUGGCUUCCAAUAUCAACACACCCUCCCAGCAAAGCUUUCAGAUGCUGCCACCACACGCAGUGCCAAGAGGCCCACCGGAAGCGAGCAGUGACAUGCCGUUCUAUUCAUCCUCGACUAGCUCUAGGGUCUGUUCAUCUGGCGAUCUUCUGGCUUCGUUCUCUAAUGCCUCGGAGGGAAGUGCUGCGCCUUUGUUGACGGCGACGGCAUCUGGUGCAAACAAUACCGUGACACCCCUGGGAGAAGCUGCUCCCGAUAGAUGCAACAAGCGUCUACGCAACUUUACACCUGCAAGCAUCAAGGCUAUCGAUGAGGAGGAUGAGCCUAGACGCAUCAGCCCUAGAUUAAGGGCUACUACCUUCGCGGGGCAGGAUCGCUGCGAAAGCAUCUGA